AGGGGAACGCGCCCAGUACUGUAUGUCAUAUCCCACGUCUUACCGAUGUACUGCGCCCGGUCUUCGCCUUCUCCCGGAUAAAACAAAAAUGGAUACAUCACAUCGACAAUAAAAUACACGCUCUUUUUGAAUGAUAUAUUGUGAAUAAAAGUGCUUGUGGUUAUAAUGCAUGCGGACGAAAUCUGGGGUCUUUCCCAUGACCAAGGGGACCAUGUCAAUGGAGAGACAGCAGAUACCUUCGCCAUCCUGUUCAGUGAAAUGAUGUGAACACCUGUGAGGCUGUUCUCCAGUCUUUACUAACCCAAUGGAGAAAGUCCAUUAAAACAGCGUUUUAGUCCAGGACUAGGCUUAAUCUGUGUCUGGGAAAGCAGCCCUAUGUGUAUGAUGAAUGUGACCAGUCUUCCGUCAGUCUGCCACCACCACACCUACAACAGCAGCCUGGGCCCGAGGUCCUCCUCCUCUUCCUCCCCUGGCUGGGCCCUGAUCCACACGGCUACCCUCACUUCCUGCUCCCUCCUCCUCAUCCUCAUAUUCUUUCUGGGUUCUUAUGGCAACCUGGUGGUGUUCCUCUCCUUCUUCCACCCGGCCUUCCGCAAGUUCCGCACCAACUUCGACUUCAUGAUCCUGAACUUAUCAUUCUGUGAUAUGAUUAUAUGUUGCGUGACUGCGCCGAUGUUCGCAUUGGUGCUUUUCCUGGACUCAGGAGGAGGGGGUGGCGUGUCAAAGACUUUUUGCUUCACCUUCCACCUGACCAGCUCUGCCUUCAUCAUCAUGUCUCUGGAGACGGUAGCUGUGAUCGCCCUCCAUCGGCUCCGUAUGGUCCUGGGCCAGCAGCCCAACCGCAUGGCCUCGCUCCCCUGUACUCUGGCUCUCACCGCCCUCCUCUGGACCUCUAGCUUUACUAUGGCUGCACUGCUCACCCUGCGAGCCUACCCCAUGAAGGAGGGACCCUGCCUGCCUCACUUCGGCCUAACGGGUGGGCCUGCAAGGGUGGUUCUAUAUGUCUACCUGGCAGACUUUGCAUUCUGCGUGGCGGUGGUGUCUGUCUGCUACCUGAUGAUCGCUCAGACGCUGAGGAAGAAUGCACAGGUGAGGAAGUGCCGCGUCAUCACUGUAGACGCCACACGCCCGCCGCUACCACAACCCCCUCCCCCGCUCAUGGCGGCCGGCUUAGAGAGCAUGCAGUGUGCCGUCCAGGUUCCUUCACUCUACCGCAACCAGACCUACAACAAGCUCCAACACAUUCAGACUCACUCCUACACUAACAGACCCACCAGCCAGGGUCUGGUACCCGGGGCUGCCCAGGGAGCUACCUGCUGCCAGCUCGUCUCUACCGUCAACCUGGCCACAGUUAAAGACUCCAAGGCUGUAGUAACCUGUGUGGUGAUUGUAUUCUCCGUCCUUCUCUGUUGUCUCCCCAUGGGCGUCUCCUUAGCCCAGGACGUCCUCUCUCCAGAGAGCAGCUUCGCUCACUACCAGUUUGAACUGUGCGGUUUCGCGCUUAUCUUCCUCAAGUCGUGCAUCAACCCAUUCGUGUACUCUCGCAACAGCGCCGGGCUUCGCCGGCGCGUCCUCUGCUGCCUCCAAUGGGUGGCGCUGGUGUUCCUUUGCUGCAAGCACAAGACACGGCUCCAUGCCAUGGGUAAAGGUAGUCUCGAGGUCAACCGUAACAAGUCCUCGCACCACGAGACCAACUCUGCCUAUGUCCUCUCACCCAAGCCACAAAGGAGACUGGUGGAUCAAGCCUGUGGACCCAGUCACUCCCGGGACUGUGCCCCCAGUCCGAGAGCUACGGGCGGGCAUGGUGGGCGUAAGCCCAGGCCCCCUAGCACCUCCACCCCCAUCAACACCCGUAUCGAGCCCUACUACAGUAUCUACAACAGCAGCCCCUCUGCAGGACCCGGCUCCCCUACCAACAGUCUGCAGCCUGCUGCCAACUCCUCCUCCUCCCAGGCCUUUGGGUUCAACAAGUCCUACGUUGCCAUGCACUAUCACAUCCACCAGGAGGUGCUGCAGGACGUUGAGAGCACCUCAGCCCAUAAGAUACCCAUACCUUCAGUCUGACUAACCACCAUGAUUGAUUGGAUCCCUUCAGUCUAAACUGACGAAUAACCUUGGCUUAGACCUGAAGACUUGUGUUGGCUCGCCAAUCUAAUGCCAAUAGGCUUUAGUUCAGUGGCUAACAUAGUUUUGUGGUUCUGCCGGACUUUGAGAGCACCUCGGUGCAUCAGAUCUCCAUACCUUCAGUUUAACUUACCACAAUGAUUUAUACAUGAAUUGAUUUGUUUAUUGAUCAGAUACUGUACUUCGAGUGUAACCCUGCCACCAUGCUGAAAUUGGAGAGGGAUUGGGCAUAUAGAUCAGGGAUGCUAAAAGUUACUAUAAUAUUAUAUGACUAUUACCACAAGACACCAGAGAGUAAACAGUACUAAUUGUGUGAAUAUCAUGUGGUAUUGAACUGUUAGAGGUAAAGAAUAACCCCCAUUGACUUUAGAAUAUUAAAUGGAUGAUCUCUUAGUCCAGAGGGAGAGAAACAGCACUGAUCCCAUAUUGUUAUUGAUGUUACUGAAAUAAGUGGAAUCACUUUUUACACUGACAUGACAUUUUUCAUAUUGUACAAUUUAGAUGUUCUUUCUCAUCAUAAUAAUACUGUAUUUGUGAGUUCUAUGAUAUCAGUAAAUGUUUUGCAAGUGCAA